UCGACGUGGGUAGAUGUGUUUUACAAAGGAUAAAUCGUUAUUUAACUACGUACAAUAAAGUGCUUGUGAACUUGGUGUUUGUAUAGAACAUAGUGAUUGUGUAGCCUGUAUAACUAUAUCGGAGAUGGUGAUCCUCGGCCGGUCGGAGAUGUCAGAGGGCCAAUCGGAGUGGGACAUCAACGACGCGGUGGUGCCGCGGGUGAGCAGCUUCGACAGCUUUGGGGAGUGGUGCGACGGUCAUGUGCGCCGCGUCUACCCGCCCGGCUGCGAGGAGGCGCGCCGACACGCCUCCGGCUGGGCAAUGCGCAAUACCAACAACCAUAACGUCCACAUACUCAAGAAGAGCUGUCUCGGUGUGCUCGUCUGCUCCGCUAGAUGUCGGCUGCCGGACGGCUCGAGGGUGCAUCUUAGACCGGCCAUAUGUGAUAAAGCACGGAAAAAACAACAAGGUAAACCGUGUCCGAACCGACUAUGCAACGGCGGUCGUCUCGAAGUCCAGCCUUGCCGCGGCCAUUGCGGUUACCCAGUGACACACUUCUGGCGGCACACGGAGCAUGCGAUAUUCUUUCAAGCAAAAGGUGCGCACGACCACCCCCGGCCUGAGGCCAAAGGGGCGAGCGAAGUGCGGAGAUCAAUCGGCGCAGGGAGACGAGUGCGAGGUCUGGCACUGCUGCUAGCGCGGGAGGCGGCUAUUGCUGACAAACUACUGACAGGGAAACCAGAGAAACAAAUGCCACAGAAGAUUGUGAACACCACGCAUCUACAGCCGCCGCCGCUAAUACCUGACAAUCAAAGAGUUUUAACAUGUGCAUGCGGUCCUUUCGAGUGCACAUGCCGAUGGCGGGCGGAGGUGCCGGUCGAACCGUAUGUCGCUAACACGUGGCCCUCGGAGUCCCAAGCCUACGCUUCCUACCCAGCGCCCGCGCCGCCCGCGCCCACGCUCCAGCAGCAGACAUACGAUACCUCCUUACCCGCUGACGAUAUAUUCCAUCCAGAGGAAAUCUUUCAACUAGACCAACCAAUAAGGCUUGACUUUCCUAUGGAAGAAACUACCCUAGAAUCGCCACCUACUUUCGCAGAUCUUAACAAUGACAACUCUAGACCAGAAGACGCGUACUGGAUGGACUGGCAGAGGGCUGCGGGAGGCUCAGAGUCAAGCGAGACGCCUUCGCCGGAGCUUUUCGGCAACUACCAGCAUCCCGAGGCGUUCUGUGAACAGCAGACCUACCCGCACCAAAUGUACUAUCCAGAAGAGGCACAGUACUAUCCGACUGAAGGCUGCCGGGAAUCCCCUGUCAUGGAUAUGCAGGAACAACGCUUCUAUAGAUACGGCCAAGACUGCGCACAGACCAACAUGGAGAUGCAGUCCUGGCAGUACUCGGACUGCGCGUUUGCGUCUCACUUCGAUGUCCAACAUAGUCAAGGAGUUAACAAUUUUGGUGGUCUAUUAUAAUGUUACUAAUAAUCAACUUGAGUAGAUCUUUUAACAAGGUUUUCUAAGUGACUUAAGUUUUCUAAGUGACAGCGAUUCGAGAGUUUUAAACGUGAUAGGUGUCGGAAGCUCCGACCCUUUAGACUCUCAGUAGAUAAACUGUUGUUUUUUGUUCCUUACCAUCAAUGUAAAUAGCGUUAUGUAAAUUGUAAAUAUUUUGAUCAUUGGAUAAUUUGUACAUUCCAUAGGUUAAGUGUUUAGAGACUAGGUUUCAAAGAGGUUUGUGUCGUCGUGUUGACAGGUAACUAGGUCAGUGAAUAAAAAACAAGAUUUUUUUACAAAAUCGUCUAUUUAUUGUAUAUAAAAAUUACAUUAAAAUUGUCAAUUUUACAUUUUUUUUUUAUUUCUAACGAUAAAAUUGGUCACUACAAAAUAGUCUGUAAAGCGAUCACACAUUAAAAAUUUAUUAUGCAUUAUAUUGCGAUCGCCGAAAACAUUCCAAACAAACAAACAAAAACUCUCCACGAAAAUGAAAUAACAUAAAAGUAUAGUAAAUAUAACAAGAUAUGGAGUUUUAUACAAAAAUAUGUUAACUCCCCUCCGAGUAUCAUUUUCACAUUCGAUUACUAAAAACAGAAAAUAUUUAAUUUUCCAUUUGUAGUCAAUUAUAAAAAAUACAAUCAAAGUAAACAAUCUUAAAUACAUAACAAUAUGGUUUAGAUUUCACAAACAUAUUGAAUAAAAUCAUCGUUACAACCGAAACCUUACCUUAGACGAGUUUCCUAACCGCUCUUACAACUUGUAUGGAUAAAAUCUUUUUAUAAGCUAACUUAUCACUUUCUUUUUAGUACUUCUAAUUACUACUAUAACGGAUUAUUAUUUCUUAUGUGAUAUCAACAAACAAUUUACUCCUUGUGAGGACACUUGCCAUCGAACACAUUUCGAGUUGAACGACGAAAAAAGUCACAUAUUGAGAAAUGUAAAUCUUACGAAUCUCUUAACACUUGUAACAGAUGUAACUCUUUUCAUUAGAACAAUUAUCAAAAUAUGUAACUAUUUCCGUCGUACGUCAAGACUUACAUACAUGAUAAACGUUAAAAAGCUUAUAUUAAAAUUUUCGUAGCCCGAUUCGAAAACGUGAUUCAAAAUGCCUUUGUUUAAGUUCAUGUUAAAUCAAGGGUCGAGGAGUGCACAGCAAUUAUUAUCACAGCAGUCGGCAAACCCCAACUAUGUCCCAACACAGGGUACAAUACUACGCACUUCUUAACGUACAGUCAGCGGUAAAUAAGUGGACUAAAAUGACAUUUUAGGAUUCGAUGACACGCGAUAAACUAUACUUAAACAAAUAUAAAAAAGCACUUUCAGAUUAGACAAGUAAAAAUAAAAUUUACAGUUUCGAGUGAAGAAAUAAAAAUAAAAAGUGAAUUUGAGUACUUUAUAAGGUUCCGUACAGAUAAACCAGGAUGAAAGGAAACGGACGGCGUUCUUACAUUCACAAAGACCGGCAUUAACUAUACGCUUCACAUAGACCGAGUGGAAGAACACUUUUUAUUUUUCCUCGUCGGCUCCUCAUAUUGUUUCAUAUUAAAAAGAUUACACUUGCUGUUGAUAAUAAAUAAUUCAAUUUUACGUUUACGGACCCUAAGGUUUCACUUAUAAAGCGCUGACUGUACACUAAACUCGAGAUGACAUUCCGGCGGGCGCCACAAUAAGGCCACAAACAAAUUACAACAUGAAGCAAUGCCCACAUCGAGUACAUAACAACACGUGCGUUACACGAGACACGGUGAUAUACUUAACACCUAAACCCUAUACCUAAAGUGCCAGAUUUAAAGAGUUUAAAACGUUGUAUAACUGAAGGAGAUCGAUCUAUAUAAGCGUCAUUGUGUCCUGCAUAGUGUAUAGCCUAACGCGUCCUCAGAUAAAAAAAAAUAUCACUUAGUACACCCAUCGUUGUCCCGCGGCGUUUACGCAUAACGUACCAACCGUAGGUAUAACAAGCAACCUUUAACUCGAAGAAUAUACGCGUCUAGUAACUUCUAUGACUUAGAUAUUAGAUAAGUUAUCAAGCUAUUCGACUUAAUGGAUAGAAAGAGUUUGAAAGAGUCAUUUAAAUAUACUUUUUAUCUCAAAUACUCUAUGUUUAAACAAAUAUCUAGACUAUAUGUUAUCUAUUAAUUUUGUGCAACGUGUACUAAAUACGAGACUUACAAAUCGAUUUGACACACAAAUACAUUUAGUUAACAAAUUAAAAAAAACACAACACAAAAAUUCACUAAAAUAUUAAAUAAGUGUAAUUUUCGUAUU